UCCUUCAAACCAAACGUAGCCUUAUUCUCUCCACGGGGUGGGAAGGAUAACUGAAUCUUGAACAUCUGCAAAGGAAAGCGGGCGCGGGUUUCCUCAGCGGCCUUAAGCUGCUGCUUCUGCUCCGGCCUGGUCUCUCCUGCCAGAAUGUCUCGCCUUCAGGUCUUCGCUUCCUCGAGCCAGGAGCCAAGCCCUCCUGCAACCACACCGGUGCUGGAAGCGAAGCCCAAGCCCUGGUUGCUCGUCGGCCUCGGAAAUCCUGGCAAAAUGUACCGAGGCACCAGGCACAAUGUGGGUUUUGAGAUGUUAGACACCAUAGCUGAAGCUGAAGGAAUAUCUAUGAGCGAUGUUAGCUUCAAAGCUCUUUUAGGAAAAGGUCAUAUAGGAAACAUCCCACUUAUACUUGCCAAACCUCAGACUUUCAUGAAUGCAAGUGGUGAGUCUGUUGGCUCCAUUGUUUCUUAUUACAAGAUUCCACUGAGUCAAGUACUUGUGAUAUUUGAUGACAUGGAUUUGCCAUUUGCAAAAUUACGUCUCCUACCGAAAGGUGGACACGGAGGGCACAAUGGUAUGAGAAGUGUCAUUGACCACUUUAAAGGGAGCCGUGACUUUCCUCGUUUGAGGAUAGGCAUUGGACGACCUCCUGGAAAGAUGGAUCCUGUCAAUUUUGUUCUUCAACCUUUCAAUAGACAAGAACGUGAUGAGCUGGAUUUCACACUUAAGACUGGACUGGAAGCAGUGAGGAUUCUUUUGUUUGAGGGAUUUGACAAGAGUGCAAAAUUUGUUAAUACUCCAAAGCCAAUGGAACAACUUGGUUAAGAGCUUAAAAGUAAAUGCGAUCGCUUUGGGAAUUACGAGUGAACAAGAUUAUUGCUAGCUAGGGUAAAAUGGUCUGGUGGUUUUUGCUCUUCAUGACUGCAAUUCAUGGGCCCUGUCCAAGAAAGAGCUAGUUCAAAAGCUUGAUCGAGACAGACAAUCCCCAAACAAGGGGAUUUAACUUGUCAUUGAUUUUUUGUAUUUUUCAAACCGGAGAUACGAGCAACAAUGUUCUUAUUAUUUUUGUAAUCAAUUUGCUUUGGAUGGGACAACAUUAAAAUGUAGAAGCAACUUUGCUUCAAUGUAGUCAAAUAAAGAACCAAUUCUAAUGAUGAGAAACCAGGAGACCUUCAUUUAUUGUCUUAUAAAGCUAUAAAAAUUUGUAUGUUUUAAAUUUCUAAUGUUGACAAUGAUAUUUAGCUCUAUAUCCAAAUCAAUUUUUCUUCUGUUUUCUAUUUACUAGUAAUUAAGCA